AUCCCUCUCAUGAAAACAACCACAUACAAAUAGUUCCACGUUCUAUCUAUCUUAAUUCCUUCUUCCUCCAAACACAACAACCUUUUCAUCAUCUCAAAUUCUCAAUCCACGUAUGUCUCUGACAGGCCGUCCUCGUGUUGUUGCUAACGGGGUUCGAAGAACGAGAACUUUCCACUAUUUAUGGUGCAUAUAUUGCCAGAGAACCGUCAGAAUACCCUUUACAAACAAUGAUGAUGGUUUUACUUCUACGUGCCCCUAUUGCUUCCACCAACUGCGUUAUGAGCUUGAUAUCUCAAGGCCAAGGCUUCUCAUGAACGUGCCGAAUAACUUAGAGCCUUCACCUGCUACUCAACUAUUGCAUAACUUGGCUCUCAUUCUUGAUCCACCUCUUAGGAGGCAAAACAACCAUUUGAUCAACACAAUCCCACAUUGGGAAACAGAAAAUUAUGAAGAUGGUUCAAAUUCAUCAAAUCCUCAUCAGGCUUGGAUUACACUCCGAUUUCCAAGGCCAACUCGUGUACCUAGGCCUAUUUCCAAUGACACUGAUGAUCAUGAUGACACCCUUUUUGAGAACAAUGCACUAUUAGAUGACUUCAUUGAUGGGGUGAUUCAGAACAAUAAUAAUAGACCAGGGCCACCUCCAGCAGCAUCUUCAGCCAUUGCAGCAUUGCCAAUGGUCAAGCUGACACAAACACAUUUGGCAAGUGACCCCAAUUGCCCAAUUUGCAAAGAUGAAUUUUUGCUUGACAUGGAAGCUAGAGAGUUGCCAUGCAAGCAUUUCUACCAUUCUGACUGCAUCAUCCCUUGGCUGCGCAUGCACAACACUUGCCCUGUGUGUCGCUAUGAGCUACAAGGUGUUACUAGUGCUAAUAAUGCUAAUUACUACCGUUUACAAAAUGAUGAUGAAAAUGCUGCAAGCAGCUUGGUCUGGAUUUGGAACCAACUGGCUUCGUUCUGGCCUAUCCGUUCUGUUCUAGAUUGGGCACUGUCCUACUUUAAUUUCCAAGAAAAUCAUGUUCGUGGUCGUAGAGGUAGCUCUUGGUGGCGAGCAUUGUUAGUUAUAUAGCUUCAUCAGUGAGAUCUAUCAUACUCAUGAAACCUGGUUUAUCAUAUUAGAAUUAUUCCACUUGGUUAAUAUUAAGCAGGUAAAAUUUCAAGAACACGGAUGGAAUUGAUACUCAAGAUUUCGAAGGCUACUUCUGGUGCAUGUGCCCACAAGUUAUUAUCAUGAUUGAAAAAACAUUAUUUCUUGGUGAAGAACUACAUUUCAAAAUGAGAUCUUCACUUGUGUCCUGAUCGAUUUUUAUUUAUUCUUUACUCUCCCUCUCUCUUAUCUAUAUAAAUACAUAGCUUUUUACUUUCUGUGCCCAUAAAUCUCUUGAAUGUGAAUGUUUGCGGUAAUUCCUUUGCUAAUAUGAAGAUACCCCAUAUUUCUUUGGGGCAUUUAUGCAAAUUAUGAUUUCAAUAAAAUUAUGCAGCCAAGAUAAAAGGCAAAAAGAAAAAAUCCAUCAUAUAAUUUGUGAGUAUGCAUAUGAAAAACUACACUGCGCAUUUUAUGCCGCGCAUAAAUAUUUAUUAGAUUGUUUUCUAUAUUGUAUGAAAUGAAAUGAUAAGAUCAUUCAUGCAUAUAGGGCAUAUAUCCCCACGUUUUUUAGGUUUUUUUUUUUCCGUUGGAUAUUAUUUGCUUGUAAAGUUUAUUUAUUUGAAAACUUCUCACAAAAAUGUAAGCAAAACUCUAUGGUUUGUAAGUAAACCUUUAUUAAAUUCAGGAAAUACAAGUUAGUUUAAGGGCAAAGGAAGUAGAAAAAGUUUACAGGAAUUUUUUCUAACAAAAGCUAAGAAUACUAACUU